UACAUGUUUCUAAUGUUCAGAGACCUCUGGUGCGCUUGCCGAUAUCGGAGUAGAUAUAUAGACCUUUUUCGAUCUCUGAUGGAACGAAAAAAGAGAGAGAGAGAAAGACAAAGUUGUAAAGAGAAAGAGAGUCAAAGAGAAAUGAGAUCUGUGUGUGUCGAUGCCUUUCAUAUCUGAGGAAGAGCGCGAAAACGGCGACGAUAAUUUUGGAUGUUACAAUGGUGGUAAUAGAUCUAGAUAUCAAAGCCAGCGACGAUGGAGCUCUAGUGCACCAAUCUUCAGAGAAAAGAUGGGGAGUGACUUUAGGGUUCAUGUUAGUGAUAGGGAAGAAGAGGGAGAUGGAGGACAUCGUCGUAGAGGAGGCAACAUCGGAGUCAGGGAGAAGAGGAAAGCGGUGGCAGAGACGGUGAACAACGAGAAGUGUUUCAAAAUCCAAGAUCUUCUUUAUUUGUUGGCCACGGGGCCUUAUAUCUGUUAGCGGAAUGCCGUUAUUGUAAACGGGUUGAACCAUUUCUCUUUUAUGUAAUGAUGUAAGCCUCCAGGCAAUUUAUUUAAUUAUGUUAUAUGUUGCAUUAAUUACAUAUACGAAUG